CGUUCCGGUCUACUCUUCUUAAAUCCUUCAGAUUCGGUUUCGAAUGUUUUGACAUUCUAUAUUUUUCAAAAAUAUGAACUCAUACAAAUUAAUAAAUAGAGAUAAAAAGUUCCGUUAUUCAUUUCACGCGAAAACUAAAAAUUAGAAAUAGAAAACUUAAAAAUAACCUACACUAAAGUAAAUAAAAAUGGUCCAUGAAUGAAUGUAUUUUCAAAAAUUGUAUUAACCUCUCAUUACAUUAUACCUUUAAAAGUAAAUCAUUUCACUCAGGGGGUUUUAGAAAAUUUUAUUAACUUUGAAAAGUGUUUGAAAAUUUCUAAUAAUCUGAUAUAAAAAGGGUAUUAAAAAACACCACAAAACAUUAAUAAAAAAUUUAAUCUUUAUUCUUCUUCUAAUAAUAUAUUGUGUAAAUUUAUUCCUAAAUAGUUUUGUACUUUCUAUGGAGGCAAAAUAAAUACUACUAUAUCCUGUUUGUUCCCGGACUAAUUUUAAUUUUAAAAAAUCUAGAUCGCCGAAAAAUGUGAUUUUUUUACUCGAAAUCAGAAGUGACGGAAUUUUUUGAUUUUGGUUAAUAACCCGAGUGAACGAUCAUGCCGAACACGUUUAUGUGGAUUUUCAUGAUAAUGAUUGCAUGGACGGUCGGCUUUGCCACAGCCGGAAGUUGCAGGGCUGCAAAAUUGUGUUGUCAGGGUCGAGAUUCUGGAUGCGUGAUUCAAAAAGCAUCCCCUAAUGCGAUCAUCGAGAGCCCUCGUGACACCCCGUGCUAUUGCGACCAUGCGUGUUUAAAAUUAAACGACUGCUGUGAUGAUUUCAAGGAUGCUUGCAAUGGUGGCAGAAAAGAGUUGAGUUUAUUUAUGGGAAGAGUGAAUGGAGAGGAUCGCGUUGAAAGGGACGUGGCACUCGUCUCACCCGUCAUGCGGCCAAGUCCCAGUCAGAAUUCUAUCCGGAAAGUUACUCCAGGGCACUGCGCCAUUUUUACCAUUCUGUGGGUUUCGAAAACUUGCAGUCGAGAGUAUGCGCCCCUAAUUGAAGGGUCUCACGCCUGUGUCGUCUGUCGAGAGGAUGGAAGUAAAACAAAAUGUCACAACAAGGGGAGCACACAUGAUUUUGCUGGUAUUGGAAGGUGGAAAUUGUCAACGACCAGCUACGAAAAUUGUCAUGGAAAAUGGAUAGGAGGUUCAAAUAUGCAUACAAGUUGCGAUUCUGCUCUAUGCCAAGACGAUCUAUUCUUCACAUUCAUUUAACUUCUUCACUCAGAAAACAAAAAUUUUUUGAAACACACUGUUUUCUUGAUUAUAAGUGAAAAUUUUGUUGAAUUCAACAAAAUAUUUGAUUGGGCCAAAAUACUCUAUUCACCAAAAGAUUUGGUUAAAAUCACUUCUAAGUAUUGAAAUCAGACUCAAUGCGAAACUACAAUAGUUUUAAAUUUUAAGGAUAUACAAUUAUAUAUAAAUAUAUUUACGGCCUGUAAAUUCAUAAGUGCAUUUUGAUAAGGGUCUCUCUAAAAAUACACCUUUUAAAUUGCACUCAUGUAUUUUGGAAUACUUUUCAAAAGAAAAAAACAAGAAAACUAUGGCUACUAACUUAAAAGGAAAGGAGAGUCUUUUGAUGAAUGUAUGUAUGUAAUUAUUAAUUAUAUUUAAAAAAUUAAAGGUAUACUCUAAGUGUAUGUACAUAUAUCUACGGAUAUUAUUAGAUUAUUAUAUUGUCCCUAAUGUCAGAGACUCUUGUAAUAUUACUCGAAUGAAAAAUCAGAGUGAAAACUGUCUGAAGAAAAAUUUCAGAAAAUCACAUAUCAUUAUCAAUUAUUAUUGAUUAACCCUUGUCAACGAGAUUGUUUGGUGCUUAAUAAAUAAAGCGUAUCUGAGUG